UGAGACUUGAGAGUUGAGACGAGAGAGAGAGAGUGUUUGAAAGAAACAAAAAAGAAAGAAAGGAAGAUCAAGAAGAAAUUCCCAAUAGGUCCCAUUCUCCCCCCUCUUCUGGCUUAAGCCACCCUCUCACCAAAAUCUACUAUUCUCUCUCUUUCUCUCUCUUCCCAUUCCCUUUUCUGCUUCCAAGCUACACCGCCUCAAUCCCCAACCCCCUCCCCUCUUCUCCACCCUUCAAUUCUUCUCCGCCGCCACCUCCGCCGCUCUAACCCUCCCGUCGUCCUUCCCCGCCGGCAACCGUCGAUCCUCCGCGGCACCUUCCGCGGGAUUUUUCUAGGGUUUUUUCGAAUUGUUUCCCCCGAACCACGCCGUUUUCGUCUUCGAUUCCUUCUCGAUAUUAUUGUGGUGCCGCAUCGACGCCGUCGUCGUCGUCAUGGCUCCCGGGCGUCGACGCGGAGCGAACAAGGCGAAGGCGAACGGACACUUGCGGUUAGGCGAUCUCGUCCUCGCUAAGGUCAAGGGCUUCAUAAGCAGGCCUGAAGAUUGGCAGAAGCCCCCUGAUCCAAAGAAAUAUUUUGUUCAAUUUUUCGGUACUAAAGAAAUAGCUUUUGUUGCCCCUGCAGAUAUUCAGGCUUUUACCAGUGAGUCUAAAAAUAAGUUGUCUGCACGGGGUCAAGGCAAGACUAAGUACUUUACUCAAGCUGUGAAGGAAAUCUGCGCAGCAUUUGAUGAAAUACAGAGACCGAAGCCUAGUGGUUUGACAGAUGAUACUGAUAACUCUAAUAUUGGGUCAGAGGCUCCUUCCGUUGAUGGAGGAGUGGGUAACAUAGCAGACACUAAUGAUGCUGCGGUAUCAAACAGUGAGAAAGAUAGCAAUGCUUGCUCUACUUUUGAGAACUCUGCUCAAUUAAUUGGAGAACAUGAAAGGCAAGAUGAGAAGCUUUCUGUACCUAACCUUGAAAGUUCUUCACCUGUGGUAAAAAAUAAGUUAUCUGUUAGUCCAGUUAUAAAGAAUGCUAACAAAUCUAAUGCUGCAAAGAAUGCUGGUGUUUUUAGACAAGAAGAAGGUGUGCAUAGUCUUUUGACAAAUGGAAGCAAGCCUAGAAAGCUUGGUACCGACUCAAAAAGAAAUGAUGCUGCAGAUGAUCGAAAUCAAAAUGGUGGAUCUUUUGCUGGGUCAUUUUCAAUGAAAGGAGACUCUACUGAGGGUGCUAAUCUUUCCAGAUCUGGAGAGACAUUGAAAAGUGGGAAAAAAAGGAAAAAUUCAUUUUCUGUUAAAUCAGAUUCUCUUGAUAUUCUUCAUUCAGACUCAAAGGAUCAUACUGGAACAAAAAAUAAGACCUUAUUAAAAGUUAAAAGAAGCCUGGAUUCUGAGGAGGCUGAUUCCAAAGAUUCUGGGAAGCAAAAGAAGAUCCAAAUACAUGCAAAGAAUACCAAGAAGCUUAAGCGCAUGGAUGCCAAAGAUGAUAGAAGCACUUCUCCUGGUUCUACUGUUGAAGAAAAAGUUUCUAAAAAGCCAGAGUUGAAAAGGUCCAUAUCAAAUUUGAAAAUGGAAAAAAGCAUGCCAUCAAGGAGUCACAUUGGUGUAGGUUCUGAUGAUUCUGGCUCUGAGGCACUACCAGGGACCAAAGUUCACAGCCAUGUACGACAAGUUAUCUCUGAUUCUGGUAGCAUUGCUUCUGAUGAGAAGAUAGAGAAGAGUUCUCUUAGACUGAAGGCUGAUGCAAAUAAUGUCAUGGUAAAACCAGGACCGCGGAAACGCAGAGCUGUUCGCCUUUGUGAUGAUGACGAUGAGGAUGAACCUAAAACUCCUAUUCAUGGAGGAGCUGUAAAAAGUAUUAAGUCACCAUCUUUUGUUCCGGAGGUCUUGAAGAGUAACAAGGCACAACCAGAGAAAUCUGAUCAUGCUCAGCCAGUUCACAAAAAUUUUAGUGAAGUUGAGCAUAUCCCUUCGAAAGAAGCAUCUUCUCUGUUAAAUAAUGAUAUCUCAUCUUCUAAGCAGCCUGGGAAAGAGAAAGCUGAUGAAAUUAUUCCUGUACAUAAUAGUCCUGAAAAAUUCGAUCCAAAGCAAAUUCCUUCAAAGGUGGCAAAAUUGCGCACUGGGUCUCCAGUAAAAUCACCUCAGUCUGUUCCUGCAGCAAAGUCAACUGCCGAGCAACAUAAAGCUUCCAAACCUUCACUUAAAGUUUCCAGUAGUGCUACUGAAAAGAAGGCUGCUCAUGGAUUUUCAAAGUCUUCUAAUAACAUAAGUACUUCUCAGAAUCAGACUGCAUCUCAUAAAAAGAAGCUUGGAUCUUCAGUAGAAAUUUCUAAAACUACUCCAAAAAGAUUGCAGCAGGAUGCUGAAGUUCCUGCGGCAACAGGUGGUUUAAAGGAGGCUGAUGCUUUUCAUCGUUUGGAUGUAAGCAUGGAAGAAAAAAGCAGUUUAUAUAUUGGUUCUGGGACUCCAGAAGCUGCUAAAAGUAUGAAGCAUCUGAUUGCGGUUGCUCAGGCGAAAAGAAGACAAGCUCAUUCUCAAAGUUUUCCUCUUAGCAUUCACAAUAUUCAAGAAGGGACUCCUAGCCCAUCCACAGUUCAGUCAUUUCUGCCUGCCUCAGGCCAUGUUACACAGGCAGAUGUGCAGGCAGUUUAUGAGAAUCCAACAUUGGCAUCUCCAUCAACCAAUGAUCCUCUCUCGGCUUCUCAAAAUCAACCUGAUACUGAGGAAAUCGAGGACGUAAGAGUUGGUUCAGUACAAAGGGGUCCAGGGGGCUCGCUUAGUGGAGGCACUGAGGCUGCUGUUGCUCGUGAUGCUUUUGAAGGAAUGAUUGAAACAUUGUCAAGAACAAAGGACAGUAUUGGGCGUGCAACUCGCCUUGCCAUUGACUGUGCUAAGUAUGGCAUUGCCAAUGAGGUUGUUGAACUUCUCAUCAGAAAGCUGGAAAGUGAAACUAGUUUUCACCGCAAGGUGGAUUUGUUCUUUCUUGUGGACUCCAUCACCCAGUGCUCGCAUAAUCAGAAAGGCAUUGCUGGAGCCUCCUACAUCCCUAUAGUUCAAGCAGCAUUGCCACGCCUUCUUGGUGCUGCUGCUCCCCCUGGGGCUAAUGCGCGUGAGAAUCGUCGUCAGUGUCUGAAGGUUCUAAGGCUGUGGCUUGAGAGGAAAAUUUUGCCUGAAUCAGUUCUUCGCCGUCACAUGGAUGAGAUUGGAGUUUCAAAUGAUGAUAUAACAGUUAGCCUUUCCCUCAGGCGCCCAUCUAGAGCUGAGCGGUCGGUGGAUGACCCAAUCAGAGAAAUGGAAGGCAUGCUUGUUGAUGAAUAUGGCAGUAAUGCUACAUUUCAGCUGCCUGGCUUUUUAUCUUGCCAACCAUUUGAUGACGAUGAGGAAGAUGAUGAUUUACCGGUUAAUUCAAGUAAGGAUACAUAUGAUGCAUCUCCAGCACAUCUAACGCCCACCCUUGGGGAAUCGGAAACUUCUACUGUUACCCCAAAUGACAAGCGCCAUUGUAUCUUGGAGGAUGUGGAUGGCGAACUAGAAAUGGAAGAUGUUUCAGGCCACCUGAAGGACGAAAGGACUGAAUUUCAUAAUAGUUCUGAUGAAGUAGAUUUGCAACCCCAAGGAUCAGAUAGGAACUUGGAUCUUACUUCAAACAUUUCAGCAGAGAUACCCACUUCUGUGGAGGGUUCUCCUCCAUUACCACCUGGUUCACCUCCUCCACCCCCACCUUUGCCUUCUUCACCUCCACCACCACCUCCUCCAUCAUCUCCAUCUCCACCCCCACCUCCACCACCUCCAAUGUUGCAACCCCCACCUCCUCCUUUACCACCCUCGUGCCCAACACUGCCAUUGGUUCCACAAUCAUCUGGAGUUGCUCGCCCUUCGCACCUCUCCCAGUCAAUAAGGCCACCUCAGCCAUCACAUCAGUCGUCUCCGCAGUUAGUUACUGAUAUUAGCAAACACUUCCCUCUGUGCCAGGGUAAUCAGUUUGUUCAAAUGGCUGGGAAUGCUUUUCCGGGAGGUCACGGUAAUGCAGUUGCGAAGAAUGAAAUAUUCCCACAAGCAGCUGCUUUUGCACCAACAGCAGCCUGCAGCACCCAGGAACCACCUUCUGGUUUUAACCCUUCAAGGCAAUUAGAAUAUGGACAAAAUGAUAUGUAUGCAAAUGUGCAAGUUCCCCAAGCCAACCAUCAAUUUCAACAGAGUAAUCUACCGUUUGCUCAAAGACCGGGACAUCCUGCCCCACCCCAAAGUUCGUCAAGUCAGUACUCUUUUCCAAACCCUACGGGUCAGCAGCAUCCUCCACAUUCAUUCCAUCCACCUUUCCCUUUGCCAUCCAUUCCAGAUGGCCGGAGGCAAUUUGUUGCUGAUGACCAAUGGAGAAUGUCGUCAAGUGAAUUUAAAACGAACAAUCAACACGGUGUUUGGAGAGGGCAAAAUCCUUCAUGCUCUGGUCCACCGUUUGGGCAAGAAGGUCAUUUCCGGCCACCAGUUGAAAGACCACCAGUAAGCAACAUAGGCUUCCAGCAUGCAAUGCCAAAUAACAUACCUGCUGCUCCACCAACAUCAGGACAUGGUAUUCCCCAGAUGUUGCCUUGUAGGCCUGACAUGCCUGCUCUGAAUUGUUGGAGACCGACUUGAAAUUUUACUGGAGUAUUCUUAACAAUAUCAUUGGUCUUGCUGGUGGAUCACAUUCAAGGUUGCAUAUUGUGCCUCCAAAGUUAGGUUCACCUCAAGAAAUUUUUGAAAACUUGUGGAGGCUUUUUGGCAGGGUUGUGUAUAUUGUAAUUUUCCUGACAAUGUAUCCCAGAAAGAUUUGCUUCCAUUUUAGGCCCAUAUUCUGACUUGGUAUUGGCAAAACAAAGAUGGUUAUUGCUAUGUCAUGUUUUGAAUGUGGUCACUGAACAAAAAAUAAGGUCAACUUCAUUGCUUGCAAUGACUCCUUCUCAUUGAGGUAAAUAUUUGUCAUGGAAUUUCGUAGCAGACAACACGUUAGUUUAUUAGUUAUGUAUUUUUAGUUGUUUACUGACUUCCUUAAGUUCCUUUCUAGCAGUAGCAUCUAUAGUUGUAAAGACGGUUCUCAUGAUGUUUUGAGAAUCUCUAGUAAAACAUCUCGAGCUAACAUAGUAUUGUACAUUAAAAUGUCUAGGUUUCUUUUAUAGAUACUGUUUAAUGCAUACAUUUCGCCAGGCAGAAGAGCAUAGUUUCUUUAAUUCUUGCAUCAGUGGAAAUAGGAAAGUUUUGUUAGGAGCUGCAUAGAUGUUUGGUCUUUGGCUGAUUCUACCUUUUGCCAAUUGACUGUAUUCAAAAAUGAUCUUUACAAGGACUGAAACUAAUUACUUUGUCGUCACAAGUCUAUUUCUGACAUGUUGAACUUGCUCACUGGGAUGUAGUGUAUUGAGUUAUCUACAUAAGUAAAUAUGUCCUGUCUGUAAAAGUGAUCAACUUUUCUACAUCUUCAUAUUGUGAAAUCAUGUGAUCCCAUCCUGAUUGACAUCAAUUUAGUUACCGUAUAUAGCGGCAUUUACUGGUGAAUUUCUGCUGGAUUGCAUCCAGUCAGCAUUGUUUUCCCCCAAACCUAAUUUCUGAUACUAGAUCAAGAUGCUACCUGAAUGCAUUAUUGGAUUCCAUUUAAGCUACCCUAAUGCUUAUUAAAAUAAGCAGACUCUUGUCUAGAGAUUAUGCAUAGUAUCAGUGUUGCAGACAUCUAAAUUGAAUGCGGCUUUGUAGCUGGUCAUAGAAGUUGUUAUCAUGACUAAUUAUAACUUGUGAUCGUGACUGAGUAUAUUCUUCAUUUUUUUAUCUCUUAUUUUCCUAUCACUGGUUCAUGGGUUUGAGGGUUUUUCAUACUCCUGAGGCACUCACCGUCCAUCACUGGCUUCAAUCGUCAGUAUUCAAUUUGCAAAAGUUCCCUUACCUUGGAGAGUGUAAUAU